AUGGACUCCGCUUUCAUGAUUGACUUGGUUGUUAGCACUCUUAUCAUAGCGACAGAUUUACUAGUUAUUUUCACCGCUAUCAGAUCAGGUGAAAUACGACGACAACUCGUUUUGUAUACCAUUUUCCUUGCCAUGGGCAUGGAUAUCCUCGCACAUUUGAACGACACGAUACAUGAUUUUCCAAGCUAUAUUUUAAAUGAAGAUAUCUUCAAAAUCCGGCAUUCACCAGAUCAAGGACACAGCAGCAAUCGAAUUUUGCGCAAUAUGGAGAGAACGAAAACUCCUAUUCCAUCUUCAUCGAAGAACAUUCACAUCUCCACAGCGUCUUUUCUGCGCUACGGAGAUGCCGAUGCUCCAGAGGUAUCUGGGCAUCUCACGACUGGACGUCGUUUGCAACGAAGUGAUUCGACGGCACAUGGGCGCUGCGCCUUUCACACAGAAAACGAGAGAAAGACGAAUGCAGUAAUACGGCUACGUCUGCACCUAACACUGUCGCUCGAAGUCGACGGCAAACGACCUCGUGGGAGACCAAGGCAGCGAUGGCUGGACACGAUCAACGAGGACAUGAAAACUGCACAACUGCGCAGCGAAGAUGCCCUGAAUCGAACAAAAUGGCGCUCUUCGAUCCGAACAACGGACCCUACCCAGCGGGAUCACCUUAAGAAGAGAGAUCAGAAGUGCUCAACCACGAAGAACUCCACAAGCGGCAUUUCCUUCUAUUCUCAUCCUAUGCGGCCAAUGGUUCGGCCAGCUGUUUGUGCUGCUUGUGCUUUCCCUUAUUCAUUUUAUUGCAAUAUUCUUUCCAGCUCUAUUUCGUGCUAUCUCUACGAAGAGCAUUCAUGUAAUCAACCUUUCAGUUAUUAUGGUCAGUGUAUUGCUUACAAGUGA